UGGGAGAACACGGCGGCAGCCAGGAAGGCGAUCCCCACCGCCUGGCGCUGGAGCUGGAGCGGGAGAGGCAGAAGAAUUGAAAUCUGGUGUUUCAAGCUGUGGAAAUGUCACCAACUGAAUGUGACCAGGAGUGCAACAGGCAGAUGCUUGAAAUCUCAAUGUUUGAACUGAGAAACACUAUAGCAGAACUGGAAAAAAGACUUAGCAGUGUUGAAGAUGAAGGUAAUGAAUGGAAAACCAGAUAUGAGACACAAGUAGAAUUGAAUAGACAGCUGGAAAGGCAGAUUAAUAUUCUUCAAUAUAAGAUGGAGCUUAUUCGUGGAAAUCCAUCAGAUAAACUGUCCAUUGUUCGUGCCUUUGAUCAAAUGCCUUUGGAUGCCUUAAAGGAAGUUCUUAAACAGCUAGAAGAAAAGAGGAAAAGUCUUCAGAAUCAGCUAAAAGACUAUGAACUUAGACUGGAACAAGAAGCAAAGGCUUACCACAAAGCUAAUGAUGCCCGGCGGAUGUGUCUCUCGGAGAUCUUACAGAUCUCAGCUACGCUUAAAAUUGCUGAAGGACAAAAACCAGAUGUUCUGACAGGCAAGAGAGAAAACCACAUGCUGAGAGGGAGAUACAGUGUACCAAGAAACCCAAAGAUGGUUAAUCCUCCCAAAGGAUCAACUAAUAAGACUGUAGGUGUGAAGCAGCUUCCCAAACUAAAGCACUGAUUUAAUAUUAAUGCCAAAAAUGUCCCAUCACUUUAAAAAAAAAAAUCUGAAUUGGUGUCAUAAUAAGGCACAAAUAUAUUUAUUUCCAAUCCCAGGCUGGCAUUUCUUUUGGCAGCCCUAAUGUAAGUAUUCCUCUGCCAAUCAGAAUUGUUCUUCCAGUUGCCAACCUUGUUCUGAUGAUCUCUGACCCUUUUCAUUCUGGUUCUCAUCAGUGAUUCUGGGUGUCAGGCUGCUGGAAGCCUUGGAGAACCUUUAAUGUCUAAGUAGAUCCUUGAAUUCUUUGACUGUACAGGAACCAUUGAAAACAAACAAAUUUCUGAUAUUUUUGACCUCUCAAGCAAGAAGAAGAAAAAGGCAGACUGAUGCUAACUGAAGUUAACUCAAUCCAUGACAUUAUGAUUCCAAAUAUUGGCUUGUAGCUUUUGCAAUUUGAACUCUCAGAUGAACCUUCGUAGCCACAGUCCAGCUUCCUUAAGAUCUCUAUGCAUUCUUCAGUGGCAUUUACCUAUCUAUUUUUAGGGUAUUUUUAAAGUGAUCUCUUCAGUGAAAGUAGAAAUAUUUUGUAUUUCCAUUUUUAGGCAUGCAGUUAUUGUUGCAGUUUCAUUACCUACGGUUUAGUCAUGAAAACUUUGCCAGAAUUUUUAAGUGACAGUAGGAAUAAUGUUUUUGUAAUGCAGCAUCCAAACCUCUGGUUUACAUCUUAAAACCUCUUGGCAGAGUAAAUGUGAUUGAUUGAUUGACCAAUUUUUGUUUUUAUUAAGAGCAUCUCUAGCUCUUUGCAGUAUCUAUUAAAGCUUUUUGCCUCUUUAAAAGCAGUACUAAUAGUUGCUUGUUACUGGCAGCCUUAAAGUGAGGCUGUAACUAAAUGCAUACAAAAAGAUCAAUGAUGUCAUUCUAAAAUGCAGAGGGAAAAAGACCUUCGGUAUUCUGCAGCAUAUUCAGUAUGGAACCCCUGUUUUUUUCUCUUAGGUAGUAUGAGAUAUAUUUGCAGACUCUUCUAGUGUUACUAUGAUGCACCUGGUAUCAUUCUUUCAUAAGCAGAGUGGUCUGCCUGGCCAAUUUUUUCCCCACAGUCACAGCUGAAAGCAUAGCACAGCUGAUUAGGUCAGCGCUCUUGUGUUCCUGUUUUUCACCUGGAGAAUUUCCAAAUUUUGCUUGUGCUGGCAUUCACUAUUCUGGAAGGGGGAAAAAAAGCCAACAAGUUGCCAUAAUGGUCCUAUUGGCACAAAAGACAAGAGACAUCUGCGUAGUGGAGAAUAUCCAGUUCUUGGCGUCACACAGCAGACAUUUACUACUGCUGUCUCUAAAUCAGAUGUGAGUCAAUGCACUCAAGCCUGGUUCCUGUAGCAUCUCAAAAUAAGUGGAAACAUUGUGCAAAUACAGCAGAACACACCUUGUCACAGCAGGAGGCUCCAGCGCUUCCCUCGUGGGUAGUUCUUACUGGGAUCUUAAAGCCUAAGGUACAGUAGUGACCUGAGGAGAGGAGCAGAUUAUAUCCUCCUUAGUUCCUGAUUCAGCUUGCCAGGAAAAUAUUAGGAUGUGAAACUCAGUAGUAUGAUAAUCAAGCUCUAAAAUGUUUGUUUGAGUAUUCUAAUUGUGUGCCCAUUGUGUGCAAAAUGGUUCUGUACUCUUAUUCUUACCCUUUGAAAUACUUGGCUUUUAAUUUCCCUUCUGCCUUUCUGAAAGUAAGGGCAUUCUAAUGGUUAAUUUUACAAAGUUUCUUUGCAACAGCAGAAAGAUUUUUGGCAUCAAAAUUGUUGUGGCUUUCCUUUGACCUGAAUAAAACUUUUACACUGCUAACU